ACGCUACCAUGCGAGCCUCAGUUUCAACCAGAUCCUCGCCGCGCCGGGAUGAGGCAAUUUUCGCUUCACGCGAAACAUCGAAACAUAGUUUUUCAUAAAUAAAGUUAACAUAUUUUUCUGCGUUUUCAAUCAUUUUCAAACUAUAAUUAAUUCUAAAUCGCUGGAAGCGAGACAGAAUAAUUUUUAUCGACGAUGCUGUCGAACCACGUGAGAAGUGAAACCGCAAACCCUCUUAACGUAAUCUUUAUUAAUUGAGAAAGUAAAAUAUUAAAAAUUGAAAUUAUAUAAAAGACUUUUAUGGAUAUUAAGCAUCAUUAUUCAGCUUUCUUGUUUAAAUUAUUUCGUAGACAUGAUUUGAGUUAAUAACAACGAUUCCUUUUAUCAUCUCACGAAUAAGUGAAUUCAGUGAACCGUGAUGAAUUGAAAAUAAUGAAGGGGAAUCGGAGCGCGCGUUCGGAGAAGUCGCUCGGUUGAAAGCCUUCGGGGUUGACUGUAUAAAACUACAUGGCAACGUCAACAGUGUCGGGACAUCAUGAAGCCGUCAAGAAAAAUUCCACCGAGCUUCUUGAUCGGAUUUCCAUGAACAGCUGUCCGCCGAGCAGCUUCCCGGAUAAAUUCCAAGAUUUUUUCGCCACCCCUUACGAAGACUCCGACGAUCUGCCCAGCAUGCUUGAGGAUAAACUCAUUCCUAGAAAGCAGCAGACCUCGAACACCGACUCGAAGAGCAAACGAUGGAGCAAGAGGGCGUUCCAAAGAAGGAGUAGCGAGGUCGAAGUUCGGCUACACCGCACCUCCUUGACGGAAUCCCAAGGACACUCGAGCGUUGACGGUUCCAAGUCGCCAACCCCGUCCAGACGACGUAGCUCCAGCAUCGCAGUAGCCAGACACACCCCCGACUUGCCCAGGAAAGUGGUCGGGCCAUUUUCACCACAGAGUAUCGUGCAGUUUUUACAAGCGGAGGCCGGUCCUUGGGGCCAUUUAUCACCGUCACCAAGGAGUCCUACCAGAACGCCAGCAAUAAGUCCAGGUGCCAUGUCUGCUUCGUCCCAUUUGAGCCCAGGGGCAAGUCCUGCUGGUCCGAGUCCCACAAGCCCCGCUGAUCCUGCUGGUUCCGCUUCCGGAUCUCGUGGUCCAGGACCAAGACAAUACCGUGGAAGGACAAGCAGUAUGCCAGCAGUGCCCCGGCACAGGCCGAUGCUGGCUGAAACUAAACGGGGUGGCGCCGGCGGCGGUGACGAGGGUGAGAUCGAGGAUGGCGUGGAAUAUUACAGGCUGAGGUCGUUCUCCAUCACCGCGAACGGGGUCUCCAACCUCGGCGAUUUAUUGAAAAGCCGACGCAGCAAGAGCAUAAACAGCGUCACCUCCUCGGGCACCAGCUGCAGCAGCACUAGAGAGAUCAGGUUGCUCAGCUCGGCUUCUCAGCUUUCAGGGAUAGAGGCCGAGGAGGACACGAGCAACGAACGAGUGGCCACUUACAAAGUCGGCAUGCUCGGUGCGUCGGGGGUUGGUAAAACCGCACUAACCGCCCAGUUCACUACCAGCGAUUCAAUUAGCGCGUACGAUACCUCCCUCGACGACGAAUACGGGCAGAAAAACGUAUCUGUGAUGCUGAACGGCGAAGAAACAGAGUUAGAGAUCAUCGAUCAUCCAGCGGCGGAGAUGUCAGAAGUCGUAGAGAAACUGUCCUCCGCUUCUCAGGUGGAAACUUUCUGCUCCACGUACAAUCCUGAUGUCUACGUGGUGGUUUACUCGGUAGUCGACAGGCAAAGCUUGAAAAUGGCUGAGGAGACAUUGGUGUAUCUAUGGAAGAGUGAUUACAUGGCCAGUCGCGGUGUAAUCCUCGUUGGGAACAAAGUCGAUCUCGAACGGAAACGCGAGGUACCCACUGUCGUGGGACGACGUUUGGCGAACGACUGUGGCUGCAAGUUCAUCGAAACGUCCUCGUCCUCGGGUCUGGCCCAUCACGCGGACGAACUACUAGUCGGCAUUCUAGCCCAGAUCAAACUGAACCCGCAACGGGACCGCGACCAAGCGAACAGGCGAAGAAGAAGCAAACACCGUAGACGGAUACUGAAGCACCUGCUGGGCUUCAAGAGAAAAACGAAGAGCUGCGAAGAUCUGCUGGCUCUCUAACGAUUUCCUAAACGAAGAGUGCGGGUACGUUGUUGCGUGGUAUAUGUAGAAUAACAGAGAAGAUGUUGAAUCAAUUAAUGUUUAAGACUCGAGACACGAGAAGUCUAAGGAUUUUGUAAUUCUGUACAGAAUUGCAAAUUAACAAGUGUAAAAAUCUUGAUUUGUCCCUUUAAUUUUAUCCUUGGGCAUCUCGCGUGGAACAGUAUUGUUAAAUUACGAUGAAAAUGCGAUUGAUAACGUAGGGAAUAAGUGAUCGUGUCAUAUCAAAGUAUUUACUUUGUCCUUCAUACAAAAUUAUCGCACUUUGAUAUUCAUCACUGAUCCGUUAAUUCGCGAAACGCGUGAAAUCACUAUUUUACAGUUAUAAUUAUUUGCGCCAACAAUCAAUACCAAUUAUUAUUUUACAAUAUCAGUUUCAACAAUUAUUCCAUCAUUGAAUUAAUAAAUAUCGUAUAUUUAUUAUUCCGUAAUGCAGUUAGUUUUAGCUUUGCAUUAAUUAUUAACAAGAGAACAAUUGACACAUCGUUUCACGAAGAUCGUUCGACGAAAUCAAUUUCCUCACGCCAAUUUGAAAGGACAAAGUAACUUCGAGAUCCGAGAACGGAAAUCGCUAACCGGAAAUUGUGAUCAUCUUUUAAAAUAGCUUUUUUAAGGUAAAGAUCUUGUAGAAGUAAACUUCCAACGAAAAUCGCCUAUAGCUUCUAAAUUGGUAAGUUCGCGCAAUUUCCUACUCUAAGAGUAGAGAAUAGUUAAACUCGUUCAAGUAUUCGUGGAACUUCGUGUUUUUAACGUAGCUUGGAAUCAUCGACAGUCACCAUUAACGUUAAGGAUAAUUAUUUCCCAAUAAUUAUCACAUUUGUAUAAAUUAAAUUAUGGAUCUUGAUGGAAAUUAGAAGAUCAAAGCACAUCGAACUUCGUGCAUCGUACCGAUACCUGUGUGAAACAAUACGUGUAUUCUACUUUUUUUUAUUUUAUAAGUUAGAAUUUAGGAUGAUACACUUCCGCGAACUGGACAGAAUAUGGACAGAAAUAUGCUGUACACUUUUCAAGUAUGGGACGGUAGACGUAGAUUGUAAAUUAUUAACAUUUCAUAUGUCGUUUACAAAACUGUAUGUGAAACGCUCGUCUCUGUGUGAUUCGAAUUAGAAUUUAUAUUCUGCAUGAAACGAUUAAAUAUAGAUGUACAUUUGUAACGGUGUAUGAGACGAAAGCAACGAAUAACUUAUUUUUCUGACACGCCUCUAUUAAGAGCCAUCGUUUCAAAGAGAAAGAGAUUGAAUAAUAAAAUUUCUAUUUUAGAAUAAGAGAGCAAAUGAUGUGUAUACAUUCAGAGUUUUAUCAAUAUUCGACGAUUGUCCAGUGACCAACGAUAAACAUUGCCCUUGUUGCUAAUUGUUACUUCAUCGAAAUGAAAAUUACGUUCAUUAAUAGACUGCGGAUUUUAUGCGCUUAUAGGAAAACUGUACGUGCAGGGAAUAUCAAAAGUGCAUUCAAUAUCCAUGGAUGUACAGAAUAUCAGAAAUGCUUAUCUAUAAAUUCGUAUUAUAAAUAUUUUAUUUCAGAUAAAAAAUCCACAGUCUAUUCACUAGGCUUCCCUCUAAGGUAGUGAAUGUACAAACGCUGCGUUACUGUUGUAUUCCUCGAUUUUCAGCAUUCUAAGAGAUAGGCUUCAGUUUAUAAGCGAUUAGAAUUUGAAAUCUAGAUGUAAUUAUUUUCAAGCUUCGACACGUGGGACCGUAUGGACAUUCGAAUAAAAUUUCUUGUGUACAAUA